GCGCGACGGUGCCUGUUGCUGCGCAGCGGGACGCGUACUCUCGGACCGUGCUUUCGUCAAGAAAAAUCGUCGUCUGCUUUUCUGUUGUCGUUCUGUUUUAGAGAUCACCGCUGCGAAGGAUGACGGCGGGCUCCGUGUCAGUGCCGCAGGUCAUACCCCUUCGGAGCCCUCUUCCAGGGAGGGCCAAGCACCGGAUAGACACCAGCACUCGGGUAGAAAUAAAGUCAGAUACACCUGAGGUCUCUAUUUAUUACACUUUAGAUGGAAGUAAACCAGAACUUUUUAGGAAACCUGGCUAUGGAGAGCAUAACACUUUUAAGUAUAAGAGUCCUAUCACGUUACCAGUUGGGAAAAUAACAGUCAAGGCUCUUGCAGUUACCAAGGACUGCAGGGAGAGUGCUGUUGUAACAAAGGUGUUUCUAGUAGAGUACAAGCAACCAAACAUCCUCUUCUCUAUGGAAGACGAUGACAAGAAGUUCCUAAAAGAUAUCACAACACAGGAGAAGGAAGAUGAAAUGUUCACUACAAAACCAAAGAAAAAUGGAAUGGAUGUGGAAAUCAAACCUGCCUGGAGUGAAUCACCCCGGGAAUUCCAAGACUUGGAAACAGCAAGAAAGACUGACCGCAAGCCCCUGCAAGGACCACAGCUCCUGAGCAGCCCUUUGGGAACAGCAGGGUAUGGAGAGGAUUCCUCAGCACUACCAACAGAGUCCUUACAGUUUGCCAGUUCUGCAGUGACCAGCCGGAAGAGCCUGGCAAGCACACAGGUGGCGAGGAUCCAGAGGGAGAGAGAUUUCCUCAGAUGUGCAUACUGCUCUGCACCUCGCCUGUCUGACCCCUCAGCUCACUUCUGCCAGGAAUGUGGCUCUCCUAUCCCACCUGUGCCAGUGCAUCGCUUCCCAUCCCCUGAAGGAGCACAGAUGGCACCAUGUCUUGAAUGCAAACAUCUCGUGCCAAUGAAUACGCCCACUUGCAUUGUGUGUGAAUCACCAAUAGAUCCACAACUGCAGCCCCAAAACAACACCUGCUUUAAGGGCAAAGUAAUUUGUCAGGCAUGUGGCACAGGAAAUCCUCUUCACCAUAAACAUUGUGUGACCUGUGAAAGCAAACUGCCUGAAACACAGAUGCCCAUGUUGGGAAGAGAUCCCCCCCCACCUUAUACCAGUCAGCAAGGGAAGACAGUAUUCUGCUCAAAAUGCAAUCGUGUGAACCACUGUGAGGCACGUUUCUGUGACUGGUGUGGAGCCAAGCCUGACCCUCCUCCAUGCUACUUUACUUGUUUCAAGUGUGGUACAAAAACUCGUCCAUAUGCUCGGUUCUGUGGGUCCUGUGGUGUUUACAUAGAGCCCCCAUCAAGGUUGAGCUCUCAAAAUGGAGUUCUCAUGGAUUCUGGAGACUCGCUGAGGUUUUCUGAGGCUAAAUCACUUCAAGCUCAAAUUGCCUGGCAGCCUCUUCCUAUUUCGUUGUUCAAAUCAAGAACAGAACUAAAAGAAACAGAAGAUAAAGGAACCCAAACCGUUGGACUUUUUUACCCAUCUAGCAAACUGCUGGAAAAGAAGGAACUUGAGUGGGUUUUACACAAAGAAAAGCUGCAAAAGAUGAGUGAUCACAAGCCUCUCCUGACAGCUAUAAGUCCUGGAAAAGGCUACUGGAGAAAACAGUUGGAUCACAUUUGUGCUCACCUUAGAAGCUAUGCUCAGAACAACCUUGAAUUCAGAGCACUGGUUGGAGAACCUCGAAUGGGAAAGGUAGGAGUAAUAUCUUCCAAUCCAAAGCAUCAUGAAAAGAUUAUUCUGGCUGGUAGACAAACACUGGAGUAAGCAUCUCAGUUCUCUUUAGACCUUGACCCAUUUCUAUGUGGAGAUUUUUGUUUUUGUUUUCCAUUUUUCACUUAGUCUGUCACUGAAUUUUUAUUUCUGCCUAUAGCAGUUUCUUUUCUUCUCUCACCUCAGUAAGAGAAGUGACAGAAGCCAGAAGGCUCUUGCUUCAGCUGUUUUUACAGAAUCCCACAGCAGGCAAUCAAAAAGAGGCCACGGACAUCUAUGUAGUUGUUCAGUUAAAUAAGCCCUACUAGAAAUAGCAUUUAGGUGAUAUGCUUGCCCCUGCUCAGAGCUGCGUUACACCAGCAGAUAGCAGUAAUUCUCUGUGGUUAUAUAGCCUACUUUGAGGAUAAACUGUAUCAGCAGUGGAACGGUGAAUUCUUUUCAUAUCAGAGAUAGGGCCUU